AUGCUUAUCGACAUAACCAUUAAAACCAGCAAACAUAAAUGUUCUUAUAAAGCAGGCGAUAUGCUUAUUUAUGGAACAAUAGUUAUCCGAGACCAAAGCACAGGAAAUUUAAUUCAGGAAGUAAUGGCUGAAACUAAAUCUUAUGGUCCUGGUUUUAGUUCUACCACUAUUCAUGAAAAAUUGAAAGUUAAUUUGUUCAAAAGUUUUAAUUUUGUAAAAAAUUUUAUGAGUUCUCAUGAUGAAAUAGGGAAUUUUGAAAUGCUGGAAGUUAUUGCGGCUUAUGCUUUUAAGGAUAAGGGAGAAACUGAGGAAUUUGAACUAACUUUCCGAAAUAUUCCCUAUGAUCCGCAGAAAAAACCGCUUUGUGCAGAAAGAACUGUGUUUGGUGGUCAUGAACUUUUACUAAAUGCAACUGAGAUUGGUGUUAAUAAAAAACCAUUUGACGUAUGGUCGGCAGUGAAUGUAGGAGCCGACCAACUUGCCGUAAAAAAUCGGUUGGCUGAUUUUAUAGAAUUGCUAAAAAAAUUAAGUUCUUUGAAUAAAAAUCUUAGUAGUAGUAUAGAACAAAUUAUCCUUCUUUUUUCUACAUUUGAAGAAUAUAAACAACCGAAAAACCGAGAAAUUUAUGAGUUAAAAACUUUCUCCCAAGAUAGCCAAAAUGGCGACAAAGGGAAAAUUUACCACCAGCAUGAGAGCAUUUUUACAGAGAUUUUAAGCGAAAUUAGUCAGGAAAAGCAAAGAUGA